UUUACAUCAACACAGGAAGAGCAUGGGCACUUCACUUCUUCUUUUAACAUGUCAAAGGUUUUAGUUUUGCUUUGAGAUUACUUUUAUUGCGUGUAGGAUGGGGUAGAUCUGCAUUUUAGCGCACGGCACGGCACGGCGCGGGGCGGUAAUGCGCACGAUGGAUCCGCGUACAUUCCUGGACCACGCGCUGUCCCAUGUCAACAUCGCAACUGUACUUGCCUUUACAGUAGUGUACUAUUUGCUUACCACGUAUCGCAAGCGUCAAAAACUCCUCGCAAAUAUCCCUCCAGGUCCCAAACCGUGGCCUGUCGUGGGUAACUUCGGCUUCUUCUUGAUUCCUCCUUGUAUUCGGAGGCUUCUGGAGCAGCAGCCCGUGGAGAAACACCGCAGCAGGAACGCGAUGGUUUAUUUUACAGAGAUGUCAAAAGUGUACGGCGACGUGUACAGUAUAUUUGCGGGUACGACGCUCAUGGUGGUGCUGAACGGGUACAAAGUGGUCAAAGAUGCGCUCUCCAAUCACCCUGAAGUGUUCUCGGACCGACCGGACAUUCCAUCCAUCACUAUUAUGACCAAACGCAAAGGAAUCGUCUUUGCCCCUUAUGGACCCGUGUGGAGAAAACAGCGCAGGUUUUGCCACACCACCCUGAGGAACUUUGGCCUUGGGAAGUUAAGUCUAGAACCCUGCAUCUUACAAGGCCUGGAGACCGUCAAGACCCAGCUGCUUCACCUCCAUAAAGACCGUGGACCUUCCGGAUUCGACCUGGCCCCUCUCAUAACGAACGCUGUAUCUAACGUGAUCUGCUCCAUGGCUUUAGGUCAACGCUUUCACCACGACGACCAGGAAUUUCGCACUUUACUCAACCUGAUGGCGCGUGGGCUGGAGAUCUGCGUCAACAGCCCCGCCGUGCUCAUCAACGUCUUUCCAUUUCUGUAUUAUUUACCGUUCGGCGUCUUCCGGGAGUUACGGCAGGUGGAGAGAGACAUCACGGCGUUUCUGAAGAGGAUUAUUAAAAAGCACAGGGAAUCUCUGGAUCCACUUAACCCACGCGAUCUUAUUGACAUGUACCUUCUGGAGAUGUUGGCCCAGCAGGCAGCCGGAGAAGAAGACAGCAGCUUCACGGAGGAUUACCUCUUUUAUAUAAUAGGGGAUCUUUUCAUUGCUGGCACUGACACCACCACUAAUUCAGCCCUGUGGAUUCUGCUCUACAUGGUUUUAUACCCUGACAUCCAAGGACAGAACAACACUGGUGGCAGCUAUUUUACCACAAGAGCAUCAUACAAAGUGCAGGAAGAGAUUGACGCAGUGAUCGGCCAACACCGGGCUCCAUCCAUGACCGAUAAAGGCAGCCUUCCUUUCACUGAAGCCACCAUCAUGGAGGUGCAGAGGCUCACGGUGGCAGUUCCUCUGGCUAUUCCCCACAUGACCUCGAUAGAUACAGAGUUUUGUGGCUACACGAUCCCCAAGGGCACAGUUAUUAUACCCAAUCUGUGGUCUGUGCACAGGGACCCGACGGUUUGGGACGAGCCUGAUGAAUUUAAACCUACGCGCUUCCUCGACCAAGAAGGAAAUCUGCUCAGGAAAGAGUACUUCAUGCCUUUCGGGACUGGUCGCAGGGUGUGCAUGGGCGAACAGCUGGCCAAGAUGGAGCUGUUCUUGAUGGUCACCAGUUUACUCCAGGCUUUCACGUUCAGGUUACCAGAGGGACAGUCUGCUUCUCCUCUGCAGGGGCGCUUCGGACUGACCUGGGCCCCCUCGCCUUUCACUGUGUGUGUGAGCCCCAGGAGCUCCAGAUAACCUCAGAGGGGCUGAGAUUACACAACAUACUACUUCAGGAUGGUCCAUAGUCUGUAUAAACAAGUGGACUAAGAGAUUAUGGUGUCACGCGUUCAGAUCCAAUCAAAUGAAGCUCAAGAUGCAGCACUUAUAAGAGCAAAUUUGGAGCCGAGUUUACGAUUAGAAAUAGGAAUUUAUUUACGGACAAAACAGUGCAAUAAAAACAAUCAGAUCAUGCAGAGUGAGUUAAAACAUUAACAUUUUAAUAUCAAAAUGAGGAGCCUGACAGCAGCACUUACAGAGAGGAGUUACAGUUUUUUAAUGUAAAGUUAAGAGUCGAUAGAGCAGUUUCGCUAUGUUCAUUUAUAUAUACAGUCUAUGAGAUGGUCCUAGUUUUUCAUAUUGUCUUCAGGAAAGACACAGUACGCACAAUAGGAACAUAUCAGACUGUAGCCUUCACAUAUCAUUGCAUAUGGACUAUGCAUUUUAACUCUACUGACAAUAAUGAAACAAAGGAAAUUAAUUUGUAAUAUAAACAAAUACUAUUGCUGUAAGCCUCGAAUGUGGCUUAAACUAUGGCACUUUAACCUGAAUUUGAGGAAUCGCAUUGCUAGGGUGACCAGACGUCUAUUUUUAACCAGGAUAGCCCCAGUUUUGUGUCCCCUGUCCCAGCAGAUUACUUCAAAACCAGUGAUUUGUUCCAGUUUUACACAAGAAAUUUAUUUUAUAUUUUAUACCCACCAACAGUGAAAAUACAGAAAACUGUGCUUGAAAGUUGCCAGAAAAAAUGCAGUCAGAUGCAUUAACAGAAGUCUCAUGUUAUAAUAUUUAUGUAUAUUCACAAGUGAGUAUAAAAUGGACCUAGUCUUCUUAAUUACUCAAACUUGUCACAAUUUUAUUAUUACCAACCCCCCAACCCAGAUGUGUCGCAGUUUUUAAUUUUGAAAAUCUGGUCACCCAACCCAUUGCCCUUUCCACGACUUGAUGAUCUAAACCAGGGGUCUUCAACCUAUAACUCGGGAGCCACCAGUAACUCUCCAUCCUCUUCCAAGUAGCCCGCCAAGGGAUAUAUGCAGUGUUGGGAAGGUGACUUUUAAAAAGUAUUCCCCUACAGAUUACAGAUUACAUACCCUAAAAUGUAGUUUGUAACUGAAUCCAUUAAAUUACCUAAAGUGAGUAACAUAAUCUGAAUGCUGUGGAUUACUUGAUUUGCUGUAGAGAAGCAAAGACUAGGAUAUCGUAACAUAAGAAAUUUUGUCUGCUAAAAGACAAUAAAAAGCCCAGCCUUUACUUAACCAAAUUAAAAAUAUUACUGAUAGAAGAGGAGGAGGAGACACGGUCCGCACAGCAUGGUUUAGUCCUGUUAAAUCCUGUUAAAUCCUGUUUUAGUCCUUGUUUUAGUCCUGGUUUUAGUCCUGGAUUAGUCCUAUUUUAGUCCUAGUUUAGUCCUAUUUUAGUCGUGGUUUAGACCUGGUUUAGUCCUGGUUUAGCCCUGGUUUAUUGUCCAGCAAUGAGUGGAAUUACUGAAAAAAAAAAAAAAAAAGAGGGAUUUAGCCCAAAAUGUGAAAACAGGAAAAUACCGCCACGUAAUCCAUUUAUUUCAACAAAGUAACUGUAAUCCAAUUACCACUCACUGAAACAGUAACUGUAACUGAAUACAGUUACUCAUAAUUAGUACUCUGAUUACGUAACUCCGGUACAUGUAAUCUGUUACUCCCCAACACUGGAUAUGUAUUGCACUUAAUUACUAAAAUCUGAUUAAUUACCAUUGUAAAUGUGUCAUUUUGAUUCCUAACUUGUGCAGUAAUAAAUGGACAAUGGUUUAUGUUUUAUAGGCACCUCGUCAGAAGCUUGCCAUGGCUCUUCUACUUUUCUUCACUACUCAGUUUCUUGCGACGACUAAAAUGAGUAGCUCUUUGGCAUUUACGUUUUAUAAAAAGUAGCUCACCAGAGAAAAAGUUUGGAGACCCCUGAGCUUAACUGAUUGUAUUAAUAGCACUAUGUCUAUGAUUAAUGCUCUAAUAAUGAUUUCAGCAUUUUAAAUAAGUCUGUCUUUUCAAAUACAUUUGUUAUAUCUUGUA